GACUGGUAACAUUAGAAAAGUGAGGCACCAUGACGGUGACGUGGAACUUUCGAUGUGCGUGUUGGGGGAUCGUCUCUUCCCUUCUAGUUGCAGUCCUAUUCGGUCAUUGCUUGUCUUGUCAGGCCCACCUCGCCCUCCGAAUAACAGAAGGUGCUGUGACGAUUCUUCUGUUCCUUUCCUCCUUAAUCGCCUUCCAUAUCUCGACGCUCCGCUGUUCUGAGAGCCACACUCUCAGCAGCCUACUCCUUUCCUACUGGUGGCACCAAGGUGAAUGGCUAGCCACGCCCUUUAUCUUGGCAAAGGCCAACCGUAUGUGGAAACAUCCGCGUGAAGCCCAGGAGGAUCUGAUCCGGGAGCUGACCAGGCGACAUGCCAAGACGGAGUACGGGCGCAAGAACCGUCUUGGGGAGAUCCGAUCGUUGGGAGACCUCCGCAGGAAGCAUCCUCUCACCACAUACGAUCACUUCAAGGAUUACAUCCAGCGGCUGGCGGAUGGCGAGGAAGGCGUCUUUCUUGGCGAGAGGUCCUUGCGAUUCGGCGUCACUUCGGGAACCACUGGAACCGGCAAGAAAGUCCCUUACAGUGGUUUCUUUUGGGAGGGUGAAUCAUUUGCCUUCAAACUCUACCGCCUUGGUAUUUACCAAGGAAUCAGUCGGCCAAGCUCAGUGCAGAAGCGCUGCUUUCUCUACACCCAUCCGAAGUUUUCGGUCACAAAGACUGGCCUAGCCGCCGCUUCAUUUCUGUUUGUCACAGAGAAUGACACAUCAAUUGUAAUCAUUCCCGAACAAAGCUCUCCGCCUCCAGCCUUCACUAUCACCCAUGAGCCUUCCGCCAUGUAUGUUCACAUGCUGUUUGCGAUUGCCGACCCCAAUCUGGCAAUGCUGCAGGCAGCGUUCAACUCCCAAUUGUACCGAGCUCUGACGUGUCUCGAGACCAACUGGCGGGCGAUGUUGGAGGACCUUUCUACCGGGAAGAUCAAUACUAAGAUCCCUCUAGACCCUGAUGUGCGCCGGUCCCUCCAAGGCUAUCUCAGACCGGACCAGGCCCGCGUAUGCCAGUUGAGAAGGGAAUUCGAGAAAGGUUUUGAGGGAAUCGUGAAGAGAAUCUGGCCUCACUUGCAAGCGCUUGACGGAAUCGAUAUCUCGGGCUUUAAGGAAAAACUUCAGGAAAAAUACGCCAACGGUACUGUGUGUGUGAGUGCGUUUAAUUACGGUACUACCGAGUGUGGAUCCCCAACCGUCAACAUGUGGGUCACAGAGAAGGAACCAAGAUACGUCAUAAUACCGAACAUUGUCGUGUAUGAGUUCAUUCCAGAAGAGGAAUGCCUUGAGAAAGAUCCUACGACCUUGUUAAUAGAUGAGGUGGAGGUUGGGGGUAGAUACGAACUGGUGAGUACGACUCGGACUGGUCUCUACCGGUACAGAAGUGGGGAUGUCGUCCAAGUCACCGGAUUCCAUGAAAGAUGCCCUGUCAUCCGCAUGUUGUACAGAAUUGGGGAGUAUCUGAAUCUAGUCUACGAGAAGAUGAACGCCCAAGUUGUGGACGCUGCCAUAAAGGCGACAGUUGGCAGCUGGCCUAGAGUGCAGUUGGUAGACUGGACAUGCGCAGAGAGCCCAAUUUACGACGACAGUCCUGAGCUAUACUACAUUGUGUUCAUCGAAAUAGACGAAGAGCAGACAGAUUUCACUGAAAACCAACUGUCGAAGUUCGAUGAGUACCUCCAGCAUCAUCAAUACUACUACAAGAAUCUUCGCGCAAGUCGCACCAUCUCCGCACCACACGUGCAUCUCGUCGCCCAAGGCGCGUUCACAGACCUCGAGGACUUCACCAUAUCUCGCACCACAGCGUCCUCCAACCAGUACAAGACGCCUCGCAAGCUGAAGACGAGGGAACUCGUAGAAUGGAUGAUGGAGAGGGUGGUCAACUAGAGGUCAAGUAUAUUGUCCUGUGCCGACCGUUGCUGUUUGCUAGGCCUCGUCUCCGUAAUUUUUAUCUCAAAAUGUUUGUUUAAUAUAAAGUUUACGUUACCUAUUGUAGUUGCACUACUGUAACUUUAUAAACAUAGUUGUCGCAAAAUAACCUGAGCAAUGUUUCUAUUCAUGUGCAUGAAGACUUCUUUAAUUAUUUCACACACUUUGGCACAAAUGGUAAAACUGUAACCCAUAAACUAUGGUUACCGGGUGUUUCGUGUAUCAAGUACAUGUAAAUAAA